AUGCAGAAGGCCAAGCGGACAGUGGAGACGGAGUACGCAGUGGUGGGCACCUGGGAGGAUACGAAUAUAACGCUUUCCGUGUUGGAGGCGUAUAUACCUCGAUUUUUCCGCAAUGCCAAAGUGGCCUACUACUUGGGAAAAGACCGAUUGUCGCGAGUAAAUCGCAACAAUGUCACUCGAACCGUCAGCGAUGAAACUAAACUCAUUCUGAGGAAAAAUCUCACCAACGAGAUCGAGUUUUACGAGUUUUGCAAACAGCGUUUGUAUCUUCAGUAUGCCGCCUUAAGUCAUGGAAAGCGAUUUGGGGAGGAUGACUAUCUUUUGGUGCCGGAACAGCAAAACGAAUACAAUGAGGAGUAUUAGUAAAUAUACCUUGAAUAGGAACAAAGUGAUAAGCCAGUAUGAAAUGUAUAAGAAAACUCAGGACUGUUAGAACACAUUUUAAUAAAUGAAUCUGAACAAUUAUAAGUUUGUUCCACACUUUAACUCAACUCUUGACACACUCGCAUUCGCUUUAAUCGAAAUGAUCCGUGAAUUUUACUGUUGCCUUUCUGAAAAGACAUUCUGUGUCUUAAAUAAGAGCUUUCUGUGUGUAUUCAUGUGUACUGCGGG